AUGAACAUUAAAUAUAUUUUAGUUAUUUUAAUUGUUUUAUUUUCAACCACAUUUGCCCAAUUAAAAAGUAAACCAGAACACAUUUUACCAAAUCGUUAUGUAUCAAUAAAUGAAACUGAAAUUUUCAAUUUUGUAUUCGCUGUAAAUUACAUGGAUCUAUACAAUAUUAUCAAUGAAAGAAACCCAGUUGGUAUUUGUAAUGAUAUUAUCAUCGAAAGUCAUAGAUUAGACUCAAAUGGCAUGGUAUUCUAUAGUUUAAUGGCACAAUUUAACAAACACACCAAUAACCAAGGAAAUAUAGCUAGUUUUAUUAUUACUGAAAAAUCAAUCAAAUCUGUUAUUGUAAAUUUAAAACAAUACGAAAUGGUUUUACACUCAAUAAUUGAAGUAUUACAACUCAGUCAACAAACUGGUUUAACAUUUAUCGAAAUUUAA